AUAAUGCCAGCCGAUCGAGCCAGCAGUACCAGCAGUGCCGUAUGUAAGUCCUGUGUAUUGUACGAUCGAAACUCGAGAACCGACGUAGCUAAAAUACACCGAAUUUGUUUGCAGGUAAAAUCCCAAGGCUUGGUUGUUCAGAGUAAAGUGUGGCGCCCCCGGUUCGGAUGUGGAUUGGGUUGGGGCGGCCCGCGCGCGUUCCACCGCCAUGACGCGCGAAGCCGAGCCUCAUCCAUGUUCCCCAACGCGAACGUCGGCGCACUGAAUCUGCGACUACAACGCCGUCUACCUCUCGAUCCAGAGCAAGUACAGCUUACGCCUAUGGAGGCAGAAUGAAUGAGGAGGAUGACUACGAGAAUGGCGCCAGCUCCGCCGAGGAGGAGGAUGAGCAGGACGACGCCGAUGCCAUGGACGUAGACGAGGAAGACGAUGGCGACGAUGGAGACGACGGCGACAACGAUGACGACGACGGCGAAGGGGACAACGACGACGACGAUCAAGACCAGGACCAGGACGGGGAUCAAGACCAGGACGAGCCAGACAGCCCUGCACAACAUUCGCGCAACCUUAUAUCCAACGGAGGCACAUCUGGCCCAGGAGACGGCAACCCGGCAGUGACACUCACCUCGCCGAGUCCGCGCGCCGGAGCAGCCACGGGUGUUCUAGGCAAUCUCCCCUUCCGCCCAAGCAUGCGACAAGAAGCCCUGAAUGCGCCCGUGUACGACAUCAUUCCCACCAUUGCCGCACCCCACAGCACCUCGAUCAAUGCGAUUACAGCAACGCCCGACAUGCGGUGGGUUUUUACUGGCGGCGCAGACGGCUAUAUAAGGAAAUUCAACUGGGUAGACACCGCCAACGGCAAGCUUGCUCUCACCGUCGCCCAGCGACAUCCUUUUGUCGACUCGGUCACCAAAGCAGGCGUUCUUCUAUCUUAUUGGGAAAACGAGGACCACGCGGGUGCGAAUGAUAAUCUGUCACCAAUCUAUUCGCUUGCGGUGCACCACCAGGCCCUGUGGCUACUCUCCGGCCUGGAUUCUGGAGGUAUUAACCUGCAGACGGUGCGACAUCAAGAAGGGACGAGGGUACAUACUCUCAGGAGCCAUACUUCGGCCGUGUCAGUCUUGACAUUGGCGCAGGAUGAAUUAUCGGUUCUGAGUGGCAGCUGGGACAAGACGAUCAACGACUGGGACUUGAACACUGGCCAAGUCAAGAGGAAAUUUGAGACUAGUGGCGGUCAAAUCUCUGCAAUCGAGCAACGCCCAAUGUCUACACUGCCCAUACCCCAGGAUACAGAAACCAUCCCUCUCGCUAACGGUACAUUUUCUUCGAACAAUUCCGCCCGGCCCAGAGCAAACGGAAGCGUCUCGAAUGGCAUCGACACAAAACCUGUUUUGGUGAAAGAAGAGGGCACCGAGGAUGCCCAGGGCUCGCCGGAUGACUCGCUAUUUGGAGACAAGGACCAAGACUCGUUGUUCGGCGAUGGUGGCCAGGAGAACAACCUGUCCGCGACGCUACCUUCUUUUGGCGAUGACGACGACGAGUUUUCUAGAGCCAUUGCCAAUGGCAUACAGCAGGCCGACGAAGAUGCCAACGCUGACCUUGACAUGCUGGACCUGGGUGGCCCCGUCCAAGAACCUCAAGAGACUAGUGGCGAGGGUAGCAAAGAGGCUGCCACGGGCACCGAGACACAGCCAGACACGAAUGGAACAGCAGACUCGCAGUCAAAUGGCACGCUGAACGGGCUACCGCACGCCGAGGACGUUGAAAAGCCCGUCAACACGUCAGCGAACCAGACGGAGCAGCCGGCGUCGUCUGAAACCACGUUUGUCGAUGCAUCCAUGGACGGAACACUACGCAUCUGGGACCGGCGGCAACCCAACCCCGUGGCACGUAUCACUCCGCCGCGCAACACGCCGCCGUGGUGCAUGAAUGCGUGCUGGUCACCCGACGGCAACUUCAUCUACGCCGGCAGGCGAAACGGCACCGUGGACGAGUACAGCCUGCACAAGAGCCUGCGAGAGCCACGCCGCACUUUCAGGUUUCCCAGUGUCAGUGGUGCCGUGAGUGCCGUGCGGGCUAUGCCUAAUGGGAAACAUCUCGUAUGCGCCUCAUACGACAUCCUUCGACUCUACGAUCUCACGCACGAGGAUACCGGCUCCAAAACCGGUGCGGCUGCAACCCCGUUUCUCAUUGUCCCCGGCCAUCGCACAGGCGUCAUUUCGCAGCUCUAUCUCGACCCCACGUGCACGUUUAUGAUUUCUACCGGUGGCAGUAGGGGCUGGGAGGGCGCAUCCACAGAGGUCUUGCUGGGCUAUGAAAUUGGUAUUCCCGCUUAGCCUUGAUGAGAACUUUUCACCCUCUUCCUUCCUUAUUCUCGUCUCUCUCUCUCUUUC